GAUAAGACUGUUGCCAUGGUCCUGAAGGAGAUACCAAGUAAGGCGUCAUCAGAAGGGAAGCCCCUCCUCACAGUGACUACCAAGCUGGUGAGCGAGCAACAAGAGAGCCGGCCGCUAUUAAGUCCUUCCAUCGAUGAUUUCCUCUGCGAGACCAAAUGUGAUGGGAUUUCCCGCCCAGUGACUUCCAACACAGCUGUUCUGUCUUCAACACUCGACCUUCUUGAUCUGAGUGAACCUGGUGAGAGGAGGAACAGCAAUGACAGGAAGAGCAUUCUGACAUCCCGAUGCGAUGGCCAGCAGAACAUUGCAAACAAGAAAAAGACGGAUGAGACGGAAUUGAUCCAGGUGGAAGUGGAACAGACAGGACCGAACAAGAAAAACCAAGAAAGGGUGUCGGUUGACUCAGUUACCAUUGGUUCACUGGAUAAAUGGGAAGACCUAAAUCCCAACACAGAGAGGAACGGCAACAGAAAAUGGAAGUUGGAGAGAAGGCGUUCUUCUAAAAAUGCAUCCAAUGAGUGUUUGUGGUCUUUAGACAGUAAAACCCAAUCAGACGUUUCGAAUAAGAACGCCAUGGAGUUAAAUACCAAAGCUGAGCCAGAAUCUGCCCUUGCAUCACAAGUAAGUGCUCAUCUCAACAAGCAGUAUAUUAGUGGAAGACAUGCUCGUCUAACGAAGGAGCAGCGUUGGGGGAGCGCCCUCCUGUCCAGACAUCAGUCCCUGGAGGAGGAGUUUGAGCGAGCCAAGGCUGCUGUUGAGUCGGAUACAGAGUUCUGGGAUAAGAUGCAGGCGGAGUGGGAAGAACUUGCUCGGCGAAACUGGCUGACUGAAAAUGAGCAGGCGCAGAUUCCAUCUUCUGUAUCUCCACAUGAAAAGGGUUACUACUUCCACACAGAUAAUCCUUAUAAGGACUUGCCAAAUGCGUUUGAGGAGGGACUAAGGAAAUCUCGAGAGGGAGACUUGCCAAACUCUGUCCUUAUGCUGGAAGCAGCCGUCCUGCAAGACCCUCAUGAUUCAGAGGCUUGGCAAGUGUUGGGGACCACACAGGCUGAAAAUGAAAAUGAGCAGGCAGCAAUUGUCUGCCUCCAAAGGUGUUUGGAGCUGCACCCUAAUAACCUCCUUGCCCUCAUGGCCCUCGCAGUGAGCCUGACCAACACUGGGAUGCGUCAUGAUGCCUGUGAGGCCCUGCUCCGCUGGAUCAAAUACAAUCCCAAGUACAAGCAGCUGUUGAAGGGCAAAACCCACCUGAUAGGGUCCCCGAACUCUCAGCGCAGGAUGUCCUAUGCUCCCAUCAUGAGCCGACAUGACAGCUCUCUGCUGCCAGAGGUCAAAGAACUCUUCCUGGAUGCAGUUCAGCACAACUUGGACAGCAUUGACCCGGAUUUGCAGACAGGCCUUGGGGUGCUCUACAACCUCAGUGGAGAGUUCAACAAAGCUGUAGAGGCCUUUAAUACAGCCCUGUCAGUGCGGCCUGAGGACUACUUGUUGUGGAAUCGAUUGGGAGCUACGCUGGCAAAUGGGGACCGCAGUGAGGAAGCGGUGGAGGCGUAUACUAGAGCCCUCGAGCUGCAUCCGGGGUUUAUCAGGUCACGCUAUAACCUGGGCAUCAGCUGCAUUAACUUAGGGGCACACAGAGAGGCAGCCAGCAACUUCCUGACUGCUUUGAGUCUUCAGAGAAAAAGCCGGAGUCGCCAGCAGUCCCACCAGGUGAUGUCUGGGAACAUCUGGGCAGCUUUGAGGAUAGCGUUAUCCAUGAUGGACCAGCCUGAACUCUUCCAGGCUGCAAACAUUGGUGACUUAGAUCUUCUCAUGCGAGCCUUUAACUUAGACAUUUAA